AUGACCCCAGAUCAGCUCACAUUCCACAAACAGGAUAUAGAUAAAUUAUCGGACAGUGGUUGGAUUGGACCGACCUAUUCGCCUAUUUGCUCUCCUACGAUCAUGGUGGACAAACGUGAUGAUGGCUCCGGGGAGCGGAAGAUGCGUAUGGUUGUCAAUUACCAGGCUCUAAAUGCCCUUACGAUAGCCCCUGAUUUUCCACUACGUCCCAUUCAAACCAUUCUGGAGCUGCUGGGGGGCGCCAAGUAUUUUUCCACCUUGGACCUUGAAGCAGGAUUCCAUCAAAUACGUAUGGCUAAGGAAGACCGGUGGAAGACGGCUUUCUGGUCUGUUCUCGGACUAUUCGAGUACCGAGUGAUGCCCUUCGGCCUUAAGGGUGCUCCCGCUACGUUCAAGGCCAAUAAUAAUGCCUAUCUACAGCCUUUAUUGGGGCAGGGCGUUAUUGCGUACCUAGAUGAUGUGCUUAUCUGUAGUUCGGUUCUCUCUGGGCAUGUUUCUCUCCUGCGACAAGUCCUCAGCAUUUUUCUUAGACACCAGUUCUACCCAAAAUUCAGCAAAUGCAAGUUUGCAAGGCAAACAAUUACAUAUUCGGGUUAUACCAUUUCUGCUGCGGGGAUCAAACCUGCAGAAGAUAAAAUCGCAGCCAUCUGGCAUUGGCCAGAGGUGCUGGAGAACGAAACGCAACUGCGCCAGUUCCUCGGUACCAUAAAUCACUGUCGCAUGUUCAUGGGACCGGACUAUGCAGGCGUUGCGCGGCCGCUGGUUGAUCUUAAGCGUAAAGACGUCAGUUUCGAAGGGACGGAGCUUCACAAGCAAGCGGUGCAGCAGCUCAAACAGCGCUUAAUCGACUUCACUACAUUACAAGUCUCUGACACGACGAAAUACUUCGAGUUAUGCACAGAUGCCUCUGGGUAUGCGAUCGGAGCAGUUCUCGAACAAGACGGCAAAACCAUCGGCUUCCUCAGCCAAGUCAUGAACCACACACAACAGAGAUACUCGAUCUACGAUCAGGAACUCUUGGCGUUGGUCAUGGCACUGGACAAGUGGUCGCACUUGCUCCGUGUCUCCAAGGUAACGGCUUACACUGAUCAUCAAGGUCUAACCCACCUCCAACGACUCCAAGCAUCGAAGUCUCUGCGCUGA